CGUGCCAAGGGCGCUGCCGCGGCCGGCGUUGGCGUUGGCGUCGGCGUCAGCGUUGGCAGCGGCAGUCGGUACAAGGUGACGGCACGAUGUGUGCCGGAGGUGAGCAUCACAUCGCCGACCAUCGCCGGCCAGCAACAGCUGCAUCAGCAACAACAGCUGCAACAUGAUGCACCGAACAAACACAUUACGCUGCUGCGCAGCCGCUCACAGCCGACGUCUAACAGCAUUUUCUCGCCAGGCUUAGGCAUAGCCGUGGGCAACGCCACUCUGGUCGAGGAGGAGGACUUUAGUUUGCUGACCGCCGAGCCUGGCAAUUGGUCGGCCAGUGGCAGCGGCGCUGCCAAGAACGUCUUGCAGCGACAGCUGGCAACCACGACGCAACUGGACGAGCAACAGCAGCAGCAACAGCAACAUCAGCAACAAGAGGAUCAGGAGCAGCAGCAAUUGCAAUCAAUUGGAGGCGACAUUGAGGCACCCAACGAGUUAACGCCGCUGGUGGAGGAACAUUGCGCCGCUGCCACCGCCGCCACCACACACAGCACCACGGGCACCACAACGACCAACAGCUACAGCCACAACUCGAAGACGACACGCUCGUGGCCGGUGAUCUAUCGCAAUCCGCAUCACUGCGACUACGAGGCGCUGUACGUGCAACAGCCUCCAGCAUCAGCGCAACAGCAACCAUCUUCGCAAUCCUUCAAGCAGAACUGUUACUCCAAUCAGUUCAAGCAAUCGAUCGUCUACUCCAGCAGCAAUGAGGAGCUGCCCGGUGGUGCGGGACCAGAGUUAACCGAUUUGACGCCACGUCAAACUACUUGCUACUAUUUUGCGCCCAGUCGGCACAAUAGCAUUUAUGAGCAUCCCUCGUCCGUCGUUGGCGGCUCCUUGCAAUUUGACGCCGCUGGCAACGCAGCAACUACAGCGGCCGCAGCUGCUGCCGUUGAGAGUCUGAGACGCAGCAACAGUAUUUUACUGCGGCAGAACAGUUGCGCCAAGGUCAUACAGCGUCGGGGGAGCGGCAGUGCUGGAGGUGGUGUUGGUGGAUUGGACACAUCCACAUCGCUCAGUUCGCAUAUGGACGGUCUCGGCAUGGGCAGCGGAACAGGCGCCAGUGCCUGUUGCUCCAGCUGCUGCAUGGGACCGCCGCCAGUGUUGUUCCUCUUUGUCACACUCCUGAUGACAACCAGCGCCACGGCGAUGCUGUGUGCUGCUAUCAUGACUGAUCACUGGGAGCACGUGACUUGGGAUCGCAACAGUCUCGAUCGUUACUCCAAUCGUUCUGGGCUGCAUCUGGAGUGGCUGCUCGAUGAAAAGGUCGCUGUGCUCAAACCGGAUAAAAGGGCCGAUCAUCGCUUUCGACGGGAUUCAGUGUUUCUGGUACCGAUGCACGGCGGCAUUUGGACAUUGUGCAUUGAUCUGCCCAUGCAGCAGCUACAGGAGCUGCGGCGCAAUCCAAAAUUUCCACGCGGUGCGCCACCGUGUGUCAACUAUCUGGCUGGGUCCAUGGAGAACGCGCGUGGCGAGGAGCAGCGCAACGAUUGGCAGCACAGUGAGUCACAGGUCAUCACACUGCAGCCGCAUCUGAGAAUGCAAAACCUGUCCAUAUCCUGUUCACUGGUCUGCCUCAUCAUCCUGGGCAGCGCUGCUUUGGUAGGCGCCUUUGGCGUCUGUCAGCGUCAAAUCAGUGCCAUUCUCAUCACGGGAGUCAUGUAUCUGCUGGCAGCUCUCUUUGCGCUGUUUACGCUCAUGAUCAUCCACUUUAAACGGCAGCAAGGGCGCCCCAUGCUGGACAGCGAUUACGAUGGCACCGUCGACGGGAUUGUGGCGCGUCCCGGUGGCGUGGCCAUUGUGGCCAAGCCGCUGCUGGGCUCCCGCGUGUUCCUUACCUCGUGGAGCCUCGAUCUGGGAUGGGGCGGUGUAGUGUUGUGUGCGAUCACAUCGGUGCUAUGGAUUCUGCUGUCAAAGAUCAUGCGCUACAACCCGUUCUCGGCCUUGAUGAUUUAGCUAAACGCCCUGCCGCUCGGCGGCUAUGGCAGCUACGAUAGUUAUGGCAGCUAUGGCAGCACCACCAACAGCAGCAGUGGCAGCAGCAGCGGCGCCAGUGCCAGCUAUUUGUUGGGUGUGGGUGCCACAUCGUCGACGCGGCAAGCGGAGCAUCGGGGCAAGGGCAAAUACAUACUCUGAGCUUCCCCCAAAUUUCCCUUCUAUUCUUCUACAUAAUUAAUCCUGUAUUUUUCCCUUCUCAUCUUUGGUUAAAAAAUGUACCAAAACCAAAAAAAAAAACAAAGAAAA